CUACAAUCAAAACAUUGCCAUGCUUUGUGGCCGACCGCAGCUUGAAAGGCCGGUUUUCCAGAAAAAUCUCAUCCAUGAAAAAAGACAUGGCCAUGUCUGAUGAUGCUGUCUGCCAGGAUUCUAACACAGAAAUGGAUGGUGUCAACGAGUCCAGUUUACUACGAAACAAACACCGACAAUCCAGCGAUGUUGAGAGUGAGAUACAGACACCAAAACGAUGUGUAGGACUGCGGAAAUGUUGUCACAGGUUUUGGAAACCUAUGCAGACAAAAAACCAUCAAUUGCCAGAAAAUCCAAGCAUUCCCCAAAGACUGAAAUAUUCUUUACUGUGUCCUCCCCAUGGGAACCUCGCAUGGUACAUACAGUUCCUUAUUCUAGUGGGAAUAACGUGGGCAGUUCUGGUUUCCCUGACUCACUCUGAGGCCCUCCCAGGGGGGAACUUCUUCUCACUGUUUGUGCUUUUUUAUGCAUCAGUUGUCGGUGGCUACUUGGUUUCCUUUUUCAGACUGCCACCUUUAUUAGGUAUGCUGAUGGUUGGUGCUAUGUUGAGGAAUAUCCCGGUGGUGAAGAUUGUUGGCGAGUCCAUUUCCAUGCCCUGGUCGUCAGCUCUCAGACAGAUUGCUUUGACGGUGAUUCUGAUUAGGGCAGGAUUGGGCCUUGACCCCCAGGCUCUCCGCAAACUCUCGUUCACUGUGCUGCGCCUGGCUUUCAUUCCUUGCUUGGCUGAAUGUUGUGCAGAGGCAGUGGCAGCCCAUUUCCUGCUUGGGUUUCCAUGGGAAUGGGGGUUUAUGCUUGGGUUUGUACUGGCUGCAGUGUCACCGGCAGUAGUUGUUCCCUCACUACUGAGUCUGUCAGACCGCGGAUAUGGCCUGGACAAAGGCAUUCCCACACUGGUCAUUGCUGCGGCCAGUGUCGACGAUGUGUUGGCCAUUACUGGCUUUGGGGUAGUCCUGGGAAUAUCCUUCUCUACAGGUGACAUUGCUCUGACCAUUGUGAAGGGCCCAUUAGAAGCCAUGUUGGGAGUUGUAUAUGGAAUCGUGUUUGGAAUUGUCCUGUGGUACCUCCCAUCCAAAGAUACUAAAAACCCAACACUGUACCGGUCGCUGUUAUUGUUAGGAGCAGGACUGAUGGCCACCUUCGGUAGUUCCGCUGUCCACCUCUCCGGUGCAGGCCCCCUAGGCUGCCUUACUCUUGCUUUCGUAGCUGCACUUCGCUGGAGGAAGGAAGCAGAAAAGGAAGGAGAUAAUGGAAUUGGUGACAUGGUUGGGCUUCUAUGGAUGAUUUUCCAGCCGUUACUGUUCAGCCUGAUUGGUGCUGCUGUCGACAUCAACACUAUAGACGGUGGUACUGUAGGUCUGGCUAUGGGAACCUUGGCGAUCGGUCUGUUUGUGAGGUUAUGUGCAUCAUUUGGAGCAGUGCUGUUCUCUGGUCUCAGUGUCAAGGAAAUGUUAUUCAUCCCAAUAGCAUGGCUCCCUAAGGCCACAGUACAGGCGGCCAUUGGUGGAAUAGCCUUGGACGAGGCAACAAAGCGUGGAGAUGCCAGGCUGAUGGCAUUGGGGACAUCGGUAUUGACCAUUGCUGUUCUGUCAAUCGUUAUAACAGCUCCCAUAGGGGCCGCCCUCAUUUCUAUAGUGGGGCCAAUGUGGUUGAGGAAACAAGAGGACAACAAGGAUGGUAUUGGUGAUGACAAUGAUGAGGAAACAAAAUCUAUGACAGAAUUAUAGUACAGAGUUACAUAUAGGAUAUUUUAAUUUUUAGUUGACUAAAUUUUUCUAGUGAAAGGUAGUGACUUACGUUUUUAAAACCUGACGUUGUUGAUAAGAAACACUUGCCAAAAACCUUGAUGGUUGGGGAAAAUUAAAUGGUCUUAUUACCCGAGAUAAUUAUGACAUGGUGUAUGUAUCGGGUAUAUAUCCAUGUGAGCCUCCACUCGUGUUGUUUGUACUUUUGUACAUCUGUCAAAGUUUUUAUGUGACAUACUAUGGUGUGAGGUCUGUCUGUCUGUCUGUUUACUAAGGUUGCCACAAGAUGACUUGCUGAAAUAUCUUCAGAUAUUAAUGAAACAUGGCGAGCAGGUUAAAUACACAAAGACCAAGUUAAAAAGCAAGAUCCAUGCAUAAGUAAUUAGCAACUGAGUAGUGAUUGGAAGGGUAUUUCAAUAACUUCAUCAAAUAAGAUCAGAUUUUUAUGAAACUUUGUCAGUAUUUAUACUCUGCAAAAUAGGGAAUUCAAGGUUUAAAUCUUUAAAAUCUUUCUUCUUCUGUACCAUUGGAGGGAUUUUAUGUAAUCAGAUUAAU